CUUCAUGUCCACCCUGUCACUCGACGAAGAAGUCCGGCUUUACACUAAUAACUCAGAACGCGAAAAAUACAAUCUCUUAGGGACACUAUAUGGUAUCGUGGUAGCGCUCGACUAUCUGGAACGAGCGUAUGUCCGUGACUCUAUAACUGCCGCUGAAUAUUCUCCAGCAUGCACGCGUCUGUUAUCACAGUACAUGACGAUGUUAAAGCUCGUCAAAGAUGAAGUUCCCUCCAUAGACGAAUUCAUGAGUCGCUAUCGAAUGGACAAUCCUGCGGCUUUGCACAGAAUUAAAGUUGGAGUUCCUGCAACAGUCGAGCACUCGAGUGAAGCAGGACCGGAAACAGGGAAAUGGAUCGCUGAAACAACCCAGAACUUUAUUACCUUCAUGGAUGCUCUCAAGUUACGCCUACGAGCCAAAGAUCAACUGCAUCCAAUACUGCAGGAACUCGUAACAGGAUAUGCUCGAUUUAAAGGGAGUAAGGACUGGGAAGGCAGAAGUAGGAUGGUUGGAUGGCUUAUCACUCUCAAUGGUAUGAAAGCAUCUGAAGAGAUCACGGAAGAGCAAUCUCGUCAACUGCUAUUCGACGUCGACCACGCAUAUGCUGAAUUUUUCCGCAGUCUUAGUGGUGGAAAGGAUCCUGGAGCCUGAGGUUCUUGUAAUCGAUGCUAUUAUCCUGCAUAAUAUCACUCGCAUUAGAUGUAGCACAAUGUUUCUGUAUUGUUAAAAUAUAUUGGAAGGCGGUGUAUUGUGAGUGUACAAAACCUAA